UGGGCAUGCAGUUCUUCGCCGUCUACGCUUUGGGUGUCGCAGGUCAUAGCCUCAGCAUUCCUCGGCAUGGGCCUUCUUGUCACUUUCUGGCAAGGCAUGAAUUACAUCAUCGACUGCUAUGGCUUCUACAGCAAUAGUGCCAUCGCUGUCAAUACCUUCGUCAGAUCGAUAGCUGGAGCUGUCUUCCCACUUUUUGCGCCAUAUAUGUUCCAUAAUCUGGGCGUACCUUGGGCGACGAGCGUGCUCGGAUUCAUCUGCCUCGCAUUCGUGCCGGCACCAAUUCUUUUCUAC